GCUAAGCGACCGCUGGGACGCUGCGGCGGGGCCAUGGCCCAGUUCGUGCUGGCCGGUAGAGCAGAUUGUCCAUAUUAUGCUAAGGCAGAAAUUUUAGCUGACUAUCUGCAGGUUAAUUUGCCUAAUUUCAGGAUAUAUAAGAUUACUCAGCACCCUGACAACUGGGAGCAGUGGCUUCAUGACAUCUGUGAAAAGAAUGGAUGGAAACACAAACGCUCUCCAAUUGUUUGGAGAGAAUUGUUGGACCGUGGAGGGAAAGGCCUACUUCUAGGAGGAUUUAAUGAUUUUCUAGAGCAUGCCCAGCAUUACUACAGCAUCACCUCAGACUUGCUAAGUGAAGAGAUGCUGCAAAUUGGUGAGGAGAACUUGCAGACUCACAUACAAAUUGAGAAAGAGGAGGAAGAACGAAAAAGUCUUAUCAAUCCUUUGCAGGUCUGGAUCAGCAGUGCAUCAGCUCCUGCCUGCUACCAUCUGAUCCCGCUUUUGGCAAAUGGAGAAGUGUUUGGGAUUACAACAGAAAUCAGCAUCCAUCUGCUUGAUAGAUACAGCUGCAAAGAAAUUCUUCAUGGUACUGUGAUGGAGGCUCAAGACUUGGCAUACCCCCUCCUCCGCAGUGUUUCAAUGCACAUUGAAUUAGAUGAGGCCUUUCUUCAGGCUGACGUUAUCAUUUUGCUUGAUGAUAUCCUUCUCGAACGUGAUACAACAUCCUUUGAAAAUUGCAUUAGGCAGGUGAAUGAGCUAUGUAAGGUGUAUGGUCCCCUGAUUGAAAAGAAUGCCAAGAGUGGGGUCAGAAUUGUUGUGGCAGGAAAAACUUUUGUGAACCUAAAGACAUUAAUGAUUAUGACAUACGCCCCAUCCAUUAACCCUGGGAAUAUUAUUGCCAUGGCAAUGUUACUGGAAAGUGCAGCUAAAGCCAUGCUGGCCAGGAAACUGAAUAUGAAUUCAGCAGGGAUUAAAGAUGUGAUUGUCUGGGGUAACAUCACUGGUAGUAGCUACGUUGAUUUGUCUAAUGCAAAGGUUUACAGAUAUGACAGUGCUAUCUGGGGUCCACCUAGCUUUUCACGCCCUUUGCUGGACAUGAUAUAUGAUAGCAAGUGGCUCCAUUCAGAAUUUGUGACUGCCCUGAGUUCACUGAAUUCCCGGGAAUAUCACUGUGUAGGCAUGUCACCUGCGCAUGUAAUAGCCACUGUACUGAGAUACUGGUACCAAGAUUCUCCUCCUAGGGAGAUUGUCUCCAUGGGAGUGCUCAGUGAAGGUCAGUUUUGUAUCCCUGAAGGUAUUGUUUUCUCUAUGCCUGUGAGUUUCCAGAAUGGAACCUGGGAGGUCAUUACUGAAACUGAAAUCAAUGAAAAAACUCAAGAAAUUAUGGAUUGUUUAGCCUAUGAUCUGAUACAGGAAAAACAAGUUGCAUUAGGAGAAAUACAAAAAAUGCAACCAUACAAAAAAGAAGUUGACACUUCAUUCAAUAUCUUUAGUCUGCUAGACAAUGUGGAAGAAGAAAAGGUUGAAAAACCUAAAGAAGAACUGGAAACCUUAUCCAGUGGUUCACAUCAGUCAGAGACCUUUGAAGGAGAAAAAAGUGCAAGCUUCCCAGAUGUAGACUAAAAAAUGUUUUUAAUAUUUAUUUAUUCAACAAAUGCUGAAGUUUCAUUACGUGAUUUAUUUCAUCCGAAGAGUAUGAGGAAGAAAAAAUCUAAACUCUCACCAAGGGUCUGCCAGGACAUCUAAUUAGGAACUACUGUAUAUUGGCUAUGGUGAAAAGAAAUGUCACAAGAUACUCUGUAACCCUUUUUAUCUUGCUUGCUUUUGCUCCAAGACAUCUUUUCUAACCAUUACCCUGUGUGCCUCUCUUCAUAUUGCUUUCCUUAUGAACACUAUAAUCUAUAAACCAUUAGCUUCAUUCUCUAAUUAAUGCAUGUUGUUAACCCAUAAAACAACUUGAGCCACCACAA